AUGGGGCGAGAAAGCAGUUUCGACAUAGAUGAGGGUGCAACCGAAUUAACACAAAAUGAAAGCCUUAUUAAAGCCACCGGGGCUAGCCCAGCCAUAACUCCUUCACCCAUCGCAAAGUUCCACGACUAUCUUCGCCGGAAAGAACCAGUGUAUGCCAGGCUUAUGGAACUGAGGGAAAAGGGGUGGAAGAAUCCAAAAGGAGACGAGCACUUCCAGCAGCAAAGACAGAGAGCCGAUACUGCCACGGGGCAAGCUGCAGCCAAAUUCUACCGAAUGAUGCAAGAAGCGACGGGUGCGCUCAGUCAGAAGAGCCGAACUUCAGAGGAUUUCGAAAUCCUCGAUCUUUGUAUGGCUCCUGGUGGCUAUACAGCCAGCGCUUUACAGCACAAUCCGACCGCAAAGGCGGUCGGAAUAACCCUGCCCCCGGACCAAGGAGGCCAUCAAGUCUUGUUAGAUUCUCCUCAUUCUUGUGUGUUUUACCAUGACAUCACUAUGUUCGCUAAGGAGUUCGGAGUGAAUGAAGUGCCUCCCACACAUCCAGGGCGCGCUUCCUUCAGUACUGAAAGGCCUUUCAUCAACGAAAAAUUCGAUCUUGUCUUCUGCGAUGGCCAAGUCCUCCGAACUCACAAGCGACCUGAAUACCGGGAGCGCACUGAGGCAAGCCGGCUCACAAUCUCUCAGCUGAUUCUGGCCUUGCAGCGCAUAAGACCUGGAGGGAGACUUAUCAUGCUCUUGCAUAAGAUCGAAGCUUUGGACACAGUCGAGCUUCUCUAUCGCUUCUCACAAUUCUCGGACAUCCAAGUCUUCAAGCCCGCCAAAAAGCAUGCAAUUAGGUCAACAUUCUAUCUCAUUGCGAAGAAUGUUGAGCCGAAUGCAGAGGCUGCUCAACAAGCUGUCGAAGCUUGGAAGGAGGCAUGGUGGAAUGCAACUUUUGGUGGGGUAGAAGGCGUGGGUGCAUCGAAAAUCGAUAUAAAGGACGAUUAUGCACAGAGUGUUAUUGAGAAUUUCGGAGACGAACUGGCUCGUCUUGCGAGACCGGUUUGGAGGAUCCAGGCUGACGCUUUGAGUAAAACAGCAUUUGUUCACUGAUCUGUGAGGAAUACAGCUGGUUUAGUCUGUUUACGGCGAGAGAAAUUAGGAUUUCACGUGACAUGACAGUAGGCUUUCUCGAACAGUAGUUAG